GUUCACCCAACGGCACAUAGACACAGAGAGAGAACGGGAAAGGAAGGAAGCCGCAUCACGGGGGCGGUCACAUCCAAGGUUUCCGGAGCGAGAUGCUCGGCGGCGCCUCUCCAGAGUUCGCACGCCUCGCUGAUGAGUGUCUGAUGGAUGCCCGCAAGAAGAUUGAACACGAGAUUGAAAGUAAAGCCAAGGCGUCCUUGAAAGAAGGGUUAGGUCAAGAGCUUAAAACUCCACACCCAGGUACAGAUAUUGAAGAUGAAGAAGGGAACCCUGGUAGUGAUAGGAAUGAAGAAGGGAGACAUCAGUGUGUGGAAGAUACUGAUUUAGAUGAGAGAGGCUAUGAUGUCGAGAUCACUGACACUGAAGCAUCAGACGAUUUGCUAUAUGAAGAAGUUCUGACGGUGCUGAUGAACGAAGAUAUGUGUGACGACCAGAUCAUCCGUUGUUUCCUAGUUGUGGCAUUAUCAACAUUCCUCUGCCCGACAUCAAACACUAAACCAAGCACCAAAUAUAUGGGAGCUCUAGUUAAUGUGGAGCAACUCAAGCAACUAAAUUGGUGUAGGUUUGUUCAUGAUUGGGAGUUGAUGUAUAUAAAGAAAUACCAAAAGGAAAAGCUGAAGCAGAACCGAACAAUGAUGACUCUAGGAGGAUGUAUAUACCACCUAGCAGUCCGUUGUCUUGAUUUUACUGAUUUUGGCUCAAUUCAAAUCCCAUCUUUGAUGCCCAGAAUAUGUGUCUGGAAGGGAGAUAUGGUCAAGCAUUUAAGUGACAUGACCAUUGGAAGAGAUGGAAAGUAUGGAUGUCUCACAAUAAAAGAAGUAUCAGAAACCUGCUACAAGGAUGCAACAUACGAGUGGGCAAGUACGAUUAAGAAUUCAAUUUCAGGAAAGCGAUAAACAAUGUUGCAGGGAAUUCUUUGUCUGACAAGGUCAAAGAGGAUAUCUUCCUCGCUUACAAAAACCAUAUGAAGAAUGAAUACAUAAAUACUUGCAUCAAAGCUAAAGGGCUUCUGCUAGACACGAUCCGCAUCAUAACCAAUGCCUCUGGUGAAUCAGGUGAUACAGU